GGGCUCAAAAAGCUGGCAAACUUCUGUGAUCAACUCCCAACUUAUCACGCGUUAUACAAACCCCAAAACACGCCCUUGAGAACUAAGAAACCGCCCCCUCCGACAGAUCUCCGGCGUCUCCUUCCGUCACCGUUCAAUUCAAUUCACGCACACCAAACUCCCUUUUAGAUCUGCAACUCAUCCAAUUUUUCUUCCAAAUUCCUGAAAUUCACCUCGUUUUCUCAAUUCUGUAACUUUGUUGUUAUUGUUAGUUGUAAGUUUAUGGAGGAGAUGUUCCGAUUCCAGCAAGAGAAGAUCAGAAAACGACUUUGAUUAUCAUCCGCCUUGCUCUUACUAAAUAAGGAUUUAAUUUCUUCUUCUUUUUUUGUUUAUAAUCAUCGUGUGGUAUGGCGGAUGCUUUAUCUGCCAUUCCGGCGGCCGUGCUGCGGAACCUCUCUGACAAGUUAUAUGAGAAGCGAAAAAAUGCGGCGCUUGAGGUUGAAGGAAUUGUGAAGCAAUUGACGGCUGCUGGAGAUCAUGAUAGGAUUACUGCUGUGAUAAAUUUAUUGACUCAUGAGUACACUUACUCCCCCCAAGCAAAUCACCGCAAGGGAGGGUUGAUUGGAUUGGCUGCAGCUACUGUUGGUUUGAGUGCUGAAGCUGCACAACAUCUCGAGCAAAUUCUACCACCAGUGAUAAACUCUUUUUCCGAUCAAGAUAGCAGAGUUCGCUAUUAUGCUUGUGAAGCUUUAUACAACAUUGCAAAGGUGGUGAGAGGAGAGUUCAUUUUUCACUUUAACAAGAUAUUUGAUGCGUUAUGUAAGCUUUCAGCAGACUCAGAUCCCAAUGUACAAAGUGCUGCCCAUCUUUUAGAUAGACUUGUGAAGGACAUCGUGACAGAGAGUGAUCAAUUCAGCAUUGAGGAAUUCAUACCAUUGUUGAGAGAGCGUAUGAACGUGUUGAAUCCUUACGUUCGCCAGUUUUUGGUGGGAUGGAUCACGGUAUUAGACAGUGUUCCAGACAUAGAUAUGCUGGGCUUUCUUCCUGAUUUUCUUGAUGGUUUAUUUAAUAUGUUAAGUGAUUCCAGCCAUGAGAUCCGGCAACAAGCUGAUUCAGCACUUUCAGAGUUUCUUCAAGAGAUUAAGAACUCCCCGUCUGUAGACUAUGGUCGCAUGGCUGAAAUACUUGUACAGAGAGCAGCUUCCCCUGAUGAAUUUACUCGUUGGACAGCGAUAACAUGGAUAAACGAGUUUGUAAAACUUGGCGGAGACCAGCUUGUACCCUAUUAUGCUGAUAUAUUGGGAGCUAUCUUGCCUUGCAUAGCAGACAAAGAAGAGAAAAUACGAGUUGUAGCUCGUGAAACUAAUGAAGAGCUCCGUGCAAUCAAGGCUGAGCCUGCUGAAGGAUUUGAUGUUGGAGCAAUCCUCUCAAUUGCAAGAAGGCAGUUAUCUAGUGAGCAUGAGGCUACUCGGAUUGAGUCAUUGCAUUGGAUUUCAUCCCUUUUGAAUAGACACCGUUCAGAGGUCCUGUCUUUUCUGCAUGAUAUUUUUGAAACACUUCUGAAGUCACUAUCAGAUCCCUCAGAUCAGGUAGUGCUCCUGGUGCUGGAGGUGCAUGCAGCCAUAGCGGAAGACCAAUAUAACUUCCGCCAGCUUGUUGUUUUCUUAGUUCAUAAGUUCCGGAUGGAUCAUGCUCUCCUGGAAAGGCGUGGUGCUUUGAUUAUUCGCCAACUUUGUGUACUUUUAGAUGCUGAAAGAGUUUACCGGGAGCUCUCCAAGAUUCUCGAGGGGGAAGCAGACCUGGAUUUUGCAUCUACUAUGGUUCAGGCUCUAAAUUUGAUCUUGCUUACUUCUUCUGAGUUGUCUGACCUACGAGAUCUUUUAAAGCUGUCACUAGUUGAUGCUGCUGGAAAAGACUUCUUUCUUUCGCUAUAUGCCUCAUGGAGCCAUUCAUCGAUGGCCAUAAUAAGUCUCUGCUUAUUAGCACAGGCUUACCAGCAUGCAAGUUCUGUCAUUCAAUCUCUAACCGAGGAGGAUAUUAACGUCAGAUUCUUGGUUCAACUGGACAAAUUGAUACACCUAUUAGAAACUCCCAUUUUUGCUUACCUUAGGCUGCAGCUUCUUGAACCUGGAAGAUAUAUAUGGUUGUUAAAAUCCCUCUAUGGUCUUCUGAUGUUACUUCCUCAGCAAAGUGCUGCAUUUAAGAUCUUAAGGACUCGUUUGAAGACAGUACCCUCGUAUUCCUUCAACAAGGAGCAAAUCAGACGUACAUCAUCAGGGAACCCUUCUGCACAUACUGGUUACAUGUCAACAGGGAUACAUUUCUCGGAAGAUGGUAGCAUGAAUGAAGAUUCUCAUAACGUGCAUAAUGGAAUAAACUUUGCAUCUUCGCUGCAACAAUUUGGACAGAUGCAACAGCAGCAUCGCAUGCAUUCAAAAUCGCAAGCACGGUUACGCAACAGUUCCAUAUCCUCAAAGUGUGUGCAGGAGGUGAAGGAUGUGGAAAAAGCGGAAGAAGUGAGGGGAGGUUCGGGUGGGGGAGAGAUGAGCAGGCCUCCUUCAAGAUCCUCCAGAAAAGGUCCAGGACAACUAGUCCUAUGAAGAUUGAGUUGUAUUUUGUUGGUCUGGUAUAAAAGUGUAAAUUGUAUAUCGUAGUGUUUUGUUUUGGUUGUUGAAGUCAUGAAUGCUGGUGGAGACACUUGGUCCUGUGGUUGUGUUGUUUUUAUUGAAAACCACAGGGAAGGCAGGUAGAUGUCAAUGUGCUACCCUACUUAUAAUAAGAAAUUUUUAGUUUUCUUUAGGAAACAAUAAUGUCAAUGUCAUGUUCCCAGAUGGUUUUGGUUAGUACUGGAGUUUCCAUCUACUGCUGUCUAUUUUUGUCAUUUGAUUUUUCAACCAUAAUCAUAUUAUCAAUCUAUGCA